AUGAUACCAACAUUAACAGUUUCUCCUGAUAUAGUGAUAGGUGGUAAUAAUUUACAAAGCUCUCCUAGAGGUCCCGUUAGAGAUUUUGUUGAAAAACAUAAUGGUCACACUGUUAUUACAAAAAUUCUUAUUGCCAACAAUGGUAUUGCUGCUGUAAAAGAAAUUCGAUCAAUCAGAAAAUGGGCCUAUGAAACUUUUGGUGACGAACGCGCCAUUCAAUUCACAGUCAUGGCUACGCCUGAAGAUUUGAAAAUUAAUGCCGAAUAUAUUAGAAUGGCUGAUCAAUACAUUGAGGUUCCCGCGUGUGAAGCUUUAUUAUGUUCAUCUGCUGUACGGCCUGAAUUUGAUCUACGCCAUGGACCAUCAUCAGCAGCACCUGAAUCUUGUCUGCUACGCCAAGAACCGUCAUCAGUACCACGACUUGUACCUGUUUUACGCUCAGAACCACGGCUUGAAUCUUGUCUACUACGCCAAGAACCGUCAUCAGUUGAUCUAUGUGGAUCUGGCUUACGUAUUAUUCCUGGCUCAGUUCGGAGUGUAUCGGUAUCAAUUGUAUUGCUACGAACUGUCUCACCCCUUCGCCAUGUUGUUUCUUCAGUACGACGGCGUUGUGGUUCUUCGAUAUUGGCACCACGACCUGAUGCUACUCUACCCUGUGAUUUAAUUGGUGAUUGUGAUCUUGUCAUUAAAAGAUUUCUUGAACUCGCUGAAGAAAAAGUAACUACUGCACAAGCAAAAGCUGAUCAAAUCACUUUGGAAACCGUCGAUGAUCUUGAGGCAUCUGAGACUCCAGAAUCAAUUAUGUUAAGUACAGUUAGUGGUGAACAAAGUAAAGACAGAACCGAUAGAGCCGUGGUUACACCCUGGCUUAAAUUUUUAUGGGAAGCAUAUAGAACAGCUUUAGAUUUUCUAAGAAAUAAUGUUCGAUUAGAAGUCUUUUAUCAACAAACAGCACAUCAAGCAUUUCAAUUUUGUUUAAAGUAUACUCGUAAAACAGAAUUUCGACGUCUUUGUGAACUUCUUCGCAACCAUCUUCAAAACAUAGCAAAAUAUCCAAAUCAAACUAACUUGAUUAAUUUGAACGAACCAGAAACCUUAAAACGCCAUCUUGAUACAAGAUUUUAUCAGCUUAAUGCAGCUGUUGAAUUGGAAUUAUGGCAAGAAGCUUUUAGAUCCGUUGAGGAUAUUCAUAAUCUAUUGUCAUUAUCAAAAGGAUCUCCAAAACCAAUGAUGAUGGCCAAUUAUUAUGAUAAACUUACAAAAAUCUUUUUAGUUGGUGAAAAUUAUUUAUUCCAUGCUGCUGCAUGGAAUUGCUAUUAUACAUUGGUAAAAACUCAAAAUAAAUCGUUGUCUGAUGAAGAAAAUACCAGAAUGGCUUCUUUUGUUUUAUUAUCUGUUCUUGCCAUUCCUGUUAUCACUAAUUCUAAGACUCGUUUACUUGAAAUUGAUGAUAAUAAAAAUAAACAACAUAGACUUGCUAUUUUGCUCGGAAUGAGUCGUGCACCAACUAGGACUGGUUUACUUAAAGAGGCA